AUGACGGCUUGGAGGUCUUUGUUCACUUACAACAAGUAUGCCCAAAUCACUGCUCGGGCUCUCCGCUCGUCGUUGAAGGAGGAGGAGCGUGUCAUCGCAGAGAAGCGUGGAAUCACGAAUACAAGGUUCCAAAAAUGGGAGAACGGUGUUGGUGGUCAACAGGUUGUCCUCAAUGAGGUUGCUGAGAAGAAAUAG